AAUUUCCCGCAAUGCAGUUACUGCUUCCGAUUCUGGUGCUCCUUGGCUUCUCCGGUUUAGCACUCAGCGGAGUCCAGGAAGUGCACAAUGUAUUCGAGCUGACGGGCCAGAAAGCCAGCAGGGAGUUCUCCACGGAUGUGGCCAACGGCAAAUACACUCCGCCGGAGGAGAUGAAUCCCCAGUUCUGGUACGACCUCGCCGACGAGGAGAUCACCAAGAGACUGCUGCAGCCACAACCCAAUUCAGUGAAGGCCAAGAACGUCAUUAUGUUCCUCGGAGAUGGUAUGCCACUCGCAACCGUCACAGCUGCUCGGAUCCUGAAGGGACAGCGCCAGAACAAGACCGGUGAAGAGUCCUCGCUGAGCUUCGAGAGAUUCCCCUAUUCGGGCUUGAGCAGGACCUACUGCGCCAACGCUCAGGUACCAGAUUCCGCCUGCACUGCCACCUCUUAUCUGUGCGGCGUGAAAACCAACAUAAUUAAUAUCGGCGUAAGUGCGGCUGUAAACUUUAAUAACUGCACCGCCAGCCAGGAUCCAGCGAACCGCUUGACCUCCAUUGCCGAAUGGUCCCAGAAUGCUGGCAAGUCCACGGGAUUCGUGACCACCACCACGCUGACCCACGCCAGUCCCUCGGGAGCCUAUGCCAAGACGGCCAACCGGAUGUGGCAGAGCGACACGGAUGUGACCAGCUACGGGGUGGAUGCCAAAACCUGCAUCGACAUGGCCACCCAACUGGUGACCCAGACGCCGGGCAAGAACUUCGAGGUCAUGUUCGGCGGCGGGAUGGGCAAAUUCCUGCCCAAGACCAUCAAGGAUAGCCACGGAAAGGCUGGCGAGCGAUCUGAUGGUGUGAAUCUUCUGUCCCGUUGGCAGGGACUCCACGAUAAGGGUGUCAUGGUCACCAAUCGCAAGCAGCUGCUCAACCUGAACGUCUCAUCUGCGUCCAGCAUUAUUGGGGUCUUCCAGUCGGGCCUGAUGAAAUUCCACAUGGACGCGGAUGCCACCUACCAACCUACCCUCUCCGAACUCACCGAGGUGGCCAUCAAGAAACUGAGCCACAACGAAAAGGGAUACUUUGUUUUUAUUGAAGGUGGUCUUAUUGACUAUGGCAACCAUUACACCCAAGCCGGUUAUGCCUUGGAUGAGGCCCUGGAGUUCGAGAAGGCCAUUCAGUUGGCCCGGGACAUGACCGACAUCGAGGACACGCUGAUUGUGGUGACCGCCGAUCACGGACACGCAAUUAGUAUCGCCGGAUAUCCUGGCAGAGGAACUCCCAUCCUGGGACUUAAUCACCACGACACCGAUAUCAAUGGAGUCAAGUACUCGGUGCUCAAUUACGCUGCGGGACCUAAUCAGUAUUUGGAUGAGACUGGCCAACGUAUUCCCUUGGACAAUAUCCUCGGCCCGGAUAACGCCAUCUCACCCAGCUAUAUUGCUAAGGAAAUAGGUGUACACUCCGGCGAGGAUGUGGGUAUCUGGGCCUCGGGUCCGCAAAGCCAUUUAUUUACCGGAACGAUGCAGCAGAGUACUAUUCCCCACCUAAUGGCCUACGCCUCAUGCGUUGGCAGCGGAAAGAAGGUGUGCACAAACUAAAUUGGGA